AUGGAGCCAUCAGAUUUAAGUAAUUUGCGUGGUCGCAGUAUAAGAGGAAGCAUGAGAGGUAGUAUGAGAGAAAAUAGUAAUUCAAUAUGGAGAAAUAAUGGAGUUGAAGUAUUUUCAAGAUCAAAUCGAGACGAAGACGAUGAAGAGGCAUUAAAAUGGGCAGCACUUGAAAAAUUACCAACUUAUGAUAGAUUAAGAAAAGGUAUAUUAUUUGGAUCACAAGGUGUUGCUGCUGAAGUUGAUGUUGAUGAUCUUGGUGUUCAACAAAGAAAGAAUUUACUUGAAAGACUUGUUAAAGUUGCUGAUGAAGAUAAUGAAAAAUUCUUGUUGAAACUCAAGAAUAGGAUUGACAGGGUUGGGAUUGAUUUUCCAUCAAUAGAAGUGAGAUUUGAGCAUUUGAAUAUUGAGGCAGAUGCAUAUGUUGGAAGCAGAGCUUUGCCUACUUUUACAAACUUCAUUUCUAACUUCAUUGAGAGUUUAUUGGAUUCAAUUCACAUCUUUCCAUCGAAAAAACGUUCAGUUACAAUUCUCAAGGAUGUUAGUGGCUACGUCAAGCCCUGUCGAAUGACUCUGCUUUUAGGACCUCCUGGUUCUGGAAAAACAACUUUGUUACUUGCUUUGGCUGGAAAACUUGAUUCUGAUCUAAGGGUUACUGGAAAGGUGACGUAUAACGGACAUGAAUUACAUGAAUUUGUGCCAGAAAGAACAGCGGCCUAUAUUAGCCAGCAUGAUUUGCAUAUUGGAGAAAUGACUGUCAGAGAAACUUUGGAGUUCUCCGCAAGAUGUCAAGGAGUUGGUUCGCGUUAUGAAAUGUUGGCUGAACUAUCGAGAAGAGAGAAAGCAGCUAAUAUCAAACCGGAUGUUGAUAUUGACAUGUUCAUGAAGAUUCUGGGACUUGAUAUUUGCGCGGAUACUAUGGUGGGAGAUCAAAUGAUAAGGGGUAUUUCGGGAGGACAGAAGAAGCGUGUCACUACUGGUGAAAUGAUUGUCGGACCGUCUAAAGCCCUUUUCAUGGAUGAAAUUUCAACUGGACUUGACAGUUCCACAACUUACUCCAUUGUGAAUUCCCUAAAGCAAUCUGUUCAAAUCUUGAAAGGAACAGCUCUGAUUUCUCUCUUGCAGCCUGCUCCCGAGACUUACAACUUGUUUGAUGAUAUCAUUCUGUUAUCAGAUGGCUACAUUGUUUAUCAGGGUCCACGAGAGGACGUGCUCGAGUUCUUUGAAUCCAUGGGAUUCAAAUGCCCUGACAGAAAAGGCGUGGCUGAUUUCUUGCAAGAAGUGACAUCUAAGAAGGAUCAACAGCAAUAUUGGGUAAGGAGGGAUGAGCCUUACAGAUUUAUCACAUCGAAAGAAUUUGCUGAGGCUUAUCAGUCUUUCCAUGUUGGGAGAAAAGUAAGCAAUGAGCUUUCAACUGCAUUUGACAAGAGCAAAAGCCACCCUGCCGCUUUGACUACUGAAAAGUACGGUAUCGGAAAGAAACAGCUUUUGAAGGUUUGCACUGAAAGAGAAUUCUUGCUAAUGCAGCGGAACUCGUUUGUUUACAUCUUCAAAUUCUUUCAGCUCAUGGUCAUUGCACUUAUGACAAUGACCAUAUUUUUUCGAACUGAAAUGCCUCGGGAUACUGAGACAGAUGGAGGAAUAUACACUGGUGCUCUCUUUUUUACGGUUGUUAUGCUUAUGUUUAAUGGUUUGUCUGAGCUCCCUUUGACGCUCUACAAGCUUCCGGUUUUCUAUAAGCAAAGGGACUUUCUCUUUUAUCCUUCAUGGGCAUAUGCAAUUCCUUCAUGGAUCCUAAAAAUCCCAGUAACUCUUCUUGAAGUUGGGAUGUGGACGGUCCUCACCUAUUAUGUCAUCGGAUUUGAUCCUAAUGUUGGAAGAUUUUUCAAACAAUUUUUGCUACUCGUACUAGUAAACCAGAUGGCAUCUGGCUUGUUCCGAUUUAUCGCAGCAGUUGGAAGGACCAUGGGAGUUGCUAGCACAUUUGGAGCAUGUGCUCUGCUUUUACAAUUUGCAUUGGGUGGUUUCGCCCUUGCACGAACUGACGUGAAGGACUGGUGGAUUUGGGGAUACUGGACGUCACCACUCAUGUUCUCGGUGAAUGCAAUUCUUGUGAAUGAGUUUGAUGGGGAAAAGUGGAAACAUACUGCCCCAAAUGGAACUGAGCCACUUGGACCUUCGGUGGUGAGAUCACGAGGGUUCUUUCCCGAUGCAUAUUGGUACUGGAUAGGUAUAGGGGCACUUGCUGGAUUCACAAUUCUGUUUAACAUCGCCUACAGUCUUGCUCUCGCUUAUCUUAACCCAUUUGGAAAGCCACAAGCUACGAUUUCAGAAGAGGGUGAGAACAACGAAAGUAGUGGAUCAUCGCCCCAGAUAACUAGCACAGCGGAAGGAGAUUCUGUCGGUGAGAAUCAGAAUAAGAAGAAGGGCAUGGUUCUUCCAUUUGAACCCCAGUCCAUCACCUUUGAUGAAGUUGUAUACUCCGUUGACAUGCCUCCGGAAAUGAGAGAGCAAGGUAGCAGUGACAAUAGAUUAGUACUUUUGAAGGGUGUGAGUGGAGCUUUCAGACCAGGUGUUCUCACAGCUUUGAUGGGAGUUAGUGGGGCCGGUAAAACAACGUUGAUGGAUGUAUUGGCUGGAAGGAAAACCGGAGGUUACAUUGACGGGAGCAUCAAGAUUUCUGGAUAUCCCAAGAAGCAAGAAACGUUUGCACGUAUUUCUGGAUACUGUGAACAGAAUGACAUCCAUUCACCUUAUGUUACAGUUUACGAGUCCUUGGUUUACUCAGCUUGGCUGCGUUUACCUCAAGACGUCGAUGAACACAAAAGAAUGAUGUUUGUUGAGGAAGUUAUGGAUCUUGUUGAGCUUACACCACUAAGAUCAGCAUUAGUCGGGUUGCCAGGAGUCAAUGGUCUGUCAACUGAGCAACGUAAAAGGUUGACGAUUGCAGUUGAACUAGUAGCAAACCCCUCGAUUAUUUUUAUGGAUGAACCAACUUCAGGGUUGGAUGCAAGAGCUGCUGCAAUUGUGAUGAGAGCUGUUAGGAACACUGUCGAUACAGGAAGAACCGUUGUUUGUACCAUUCAUCAGCCUAGCAUUGACAUUUUCGAGGCUUUUGAUGAGUCCAUGCCCGGUGUUGGAAAAAUAGAGGAAGGUUACAAUCCAGCAACUUGGAUGUUAGAAGUCACAUCCUCAUCUCAAGAAAUGUCAUUAGGGGUCGAUUUCACCGACUUAUACAAGAACUCAGACCUCUGCAGGAGGAACAAAGCCUUGAUUACGGAACUAAGUGUGCCACGACCUGGUACAAGUGACCUGCAUUUUGAAAACCAAUUCUCACAGCCAUUUUGGGUCCAAUGUAUGGCUUGUUUGUGGAAGCAACGCUGGUCAUAUUGGCGUAAUCCGGCAUACACUGCAGUCAGAUUUCUCUUCACUACCUUCAUAGCACUCAUAUUCGGGUCAAUGUUCUGGGAUCUCGGUACCAAAGUGAGUAGGCCUCAAGAUCUAACCAACGCGAUGGGAUCUAUGUACGCUGCUGUUCUCUUCCUCGGUGUACAAAAUGCAUCAUCAGUUCAGCCUGUUGUAUCGGUUGAACGUACUGUAUUCUACAGAGAAAAAGCUGCCGGGAUGUACUCUGCCAUACCAUAUGCCUUUGCACAAGUUUUUAUUGAAAUUCCAUAUGUAUUUGUACAAUCUGUUGUCUAUGGUCUCAUUGUCUAUUCUAUGAUUGGAUUCGAAUGGACCGUAGCAAAAUUCUUUUGGUACUUCUUCUUCAUGUUCUUCACUUUCCUAUACUUCACCUUCUUUGGCAUGAUGACCGUGGCUAUUACCCCGAAUCAAAACGUUGCUUCAAUUGUCGCUGGAUUCUUCUAUACAGUAUGGAAUCUCUUCUCAGGAUUCAUCGUUCCACGACCUCGUAUUCCGAUAUGGUGGAGAUGGUACUACUGGGGGUGCCCUGUUGCAUGGACGUUGUAUGGUUUGGUUGCAUCGCAAUUUGGAGACCUCCAAGAUAUUGUUAAUGGUCAAACUGUGGAAGAAUACUUGAGAAAUGACUACGGAAUUAAACAUGAUUUUCUCGGAGUUGUUGCUGGUGUGAUCGUUGCAUUUGCUGUUGUUUUCGCCUUCACAUUUGCUUUAGGUAUCAAAGCAUUCAAUUUCCAGAAAAGAUAGAAAAGUGUGUUUAUAUAGUUUGUGUUAAUAUACUUGAAUAAGGUUAUGAACUUUUAGAUUACUGAAUAUGUUAUCUUUCUGAAUUCCCAGUUUUGUUGUAUAAGAUGUGUAAUCAUAAUUUUUUUGUGGAAAUAUAUAUACAAUUUUAUUUAAUGGUUGCUUCAAAGUAUUGUCUAUGUUGGGAGCACUUUAUUUGAAAAUUUCGAAUUUAACUUGAAGUUGUACUUCAAAUUUUAGUAAACAACUUAUAACCUGUUUUUCAAUUCACUUUUUGAUGGUUGGUUAUAUUAGCUACCAACCAACAACGGAGUUAACAAUGCUGCUUCAUCUUCUCGUAAAGAACAACCAGUAUUAGACGUUGUUGAUUUUUUUGUAGUAAUGUAUCUUUGUAUUAAAAAUUGACAAGCGUAAGACUAUGUAGUAGCUCGUAUAUGUAAUCUAAUCUAUGACAAUAUGCGACUACCCAUUAUGUGAUAUUAUAAGUCUAUUAGAGCAUAUUUUGUUUUUUUUUCAUGUUUUUUUUAA